AUGACCUGGAUGGCCCUUCUCCUCAGCCUCCUGGCUCAUUGCACAGGAACUGUAGCCUCUUAUGUGCUGACCCAGCCAUCCUCAGUAUCCGUGACCCCAGGACAGACGGCCAGAAUCACCUGUGAAGGCAACAGCAUUGGCAGCUAUAGCGUGUACUGGUAUCAGCAGAAGCCAGCACAGGCCCCAGUACUGGUCAUCUAUAGAGAUAGCAACAGGCCCUCAGGGAUUUCUGAUCGAUUCUCUGGCUCCAAUUCUGGGAACACAGCCACUCUGACCAUCAGCGGGGCCCAGGCUGGAGACGAGGCUGACUAUUACUGUCAGUCAUGGGACAGCAGUGGUACUCAUUAUGUCUUCGGUGGUGGGACCCGGCUCACCGUUCUAGGUCAGCCCAAGUCUUCCCCCUCGCUCACUGUAUUUCCACCCUCCUCUGAGGAGCUGCAGACCAACAAGGCCACACUGGUGUGUCUGAUCAAUGACUUCUACCCGGGUGCUGCAACUGUGACCUGGAAAGCAGAUGGUACCACAAUCAGCCAGGGUGUGGAGACUACCCAGCCCUCUAAACAGACCAACAACAAGUACAUGGCCAGCAGCUACCUGACCAUCACGCCUGACAAGUGGAAAUCUCACAAUAGCUUUAGCUGCCAGGUCACACAUGAAGGAAACACUGUGGAGAAGAGUGUAUCCCCUUCAGGAUGUUCUUAACCUUUUGUCCCUCACCCCACCCUCCUGAUCCUGGAAGUGAAGGACCCUGGUGAGGGACCCCUCCUUUUCCUAGUCCUCCCACUAAGCCCUUCUCUCUGAACCCACUGACUGCUCAAUAAAAUAUCCCAUUGUGAAUCAGAAA